UCACUUUCCUUAGCAUUUUUGAAGUGAAGGCACCAAAAUCUGAGAAUGCGGAGCGAAGACGAAGGGUUCGAAGAUUGGGACGCUGAUUUCUUGGACCAGCUCAUCCAGGUCGAAGAGCUUGCCAUCUCCUCCACCGCCAACAAUCCGAAUCCGAUUCAGUGUUCUUCUUCUACCUAUUGCCCGCCGCCGCCUCCGCCGGAACCGGAACCGCAGCAUUUGGUGGAAGUGUCUCAUGACCGUCCCAUUAGUUAUUCGCCUCCACGAGAACUCUCUCAGAGAGCCGCUGGCUUACGUUCUCACUCCAUUCGCUCUCCCAUUGGCUUGGGCGAAUGUGGUCCUUCUUCCUCGGCGCUGGCUCCGUGCUUGCCUUGCCCCGAUGCUGCAAAAGAACUUGAAAUUUCUAGUUUGAAGAGGGAGCUAGGGCGCGUCUCAAAGCAACUUAAGAACCUGGAACAAGAGUGUGUUGAACUCAGGAAGAAAAGAGACAAAAAAGAGGAGCAGCUUAAUGUUGUCUUUUCCAAUAAAGAUAAGCAAUAUAUUGCGCAUCAUGGUCCAGAAAUUACAGAUUUGAGAGUGGCAAGGAAAGAUGGUGGGCAUCCUGGCAUCAAGAAUGAAGAUAAUUCUGGUGGCCCUCAUACUGUUACUUCAAGGAGUAAAGCCAAUGAACAGGGAGAAAAAACCCAUAAUUCUGUUGGUGAGAGAGCCAACGAUGAUUCACCUGCUUUUGACAAGCUCUCCAAGAAGUUGCAAGUCUUCUGGGUUCCUGAAAAGGACUUUAAGAUGGGACAAAGUUUGGUUUCAGAAUUGCUUUUAUCAUGUGAAAGAGAUUUUCAUGUGCUUUUUCAGUGCAUCGGCACAGAGUUAUCCCCUAAAUUCUCUGUGAAUUCAUUGGCUGGUGUUAACUCUUCUGAUGUAGCUUUAAAGCAUCCUCUGCAGGUUCUUCAUGGACCGGAAUCUAUAAAAGUAUCUAACCUCUACACCACCUUGACCAAGGUAAGUAAUGGAAUAGUCAAGAUGGAGGCAUUGUUUACCCCGUUGAUUGAUCUCUGUAAUCUUGACAACGUUGCGAUAGUUCAUAGGUCUCUGCACAUAUUGCAUAUGUUUCUGAAGCGCCUGAUGUGGUUGGAGAGGAAAUCAGAAAGAAGGAAAACAGUCAUGAUUGGGGGACUUGGCCCUAGGAACAGUGUUGUGGAUUCUUAUGGAUCACAUAGUGCAGAAGGUGAAGAAUUUUCUUUGCUGAACAUGGACGAGACAUCUACUGGCCACUGUUCUCCAGCUGGCAUGGGAUUCCCUGGUGCUGAAUUGCUUUUCAAGAACAGAAACUUGAAUAAGAAUAUAAAUUUAGUUCCUCGAGUAAACUGGGUAUCUUUCUUCGAGAUGAUGCAUCGGGUUGCUAAAAUGCAUAGUGCAGAAUGUGCGAGACUUGAGGCAGUUUCGGUCAUGAAUUUGAUUCUGAUGAGAAAUAAUACUUAUUUGGAGAGGGAGAAAUUUGGUCAGGCACUACUGUUUGAUAGUGUAGUGGAGUUCAUCAGAAAGGAAUCCGGUUCAGCCAUACAAAAGCAUGCUGUGCGCCUUCUAUUCCUGAUACUAAACUGUCCCACGUUUUUUGUUGCAUUCUGUUCUGGUUGCAAAGAAGCAGAAGCUGCUGAUGCUGCAGAGGAAAAUGUGAGAUGUGCAGGAGGUUUCCAGAAAUUCAGUACCAUCCUUCAUGGCUUGGCAGAUUGUCUUACAUGUCUUGGAAAUGGUAUUCUGGAGUUGAAACUUCGAAGAAGCACCGUUCUUUUGCUUGCAUUUCUGUCAUCAUCCGGGAAAGCGGGCUUCGAAAUUCUCGUAAGCAACACACUACAUAAGGACUCAAAUUUUCUCACGUUGAUUCUUCAAGUUGUGGUUUCAGAAGUUGAGCAAGAAAAAAGAGUUUCAGAGGCAGUAGAAACUAUGGAGGAAAGGGCCUUGCUUUUACGGGAAGUGCUUAUACUUCUAAAUAGGCUUGCAUCUCAUUCGGUAUACUCGGCGACGGUCUUGCGUGUGUUGACAAGCAGCAGAGAUAUGGCCAGCCUCACCAUUGAUGUAACGAACAAGCUGUCCAGGAAAAACAACAGAAAUUGCCAGUUUGACAGCAAGAAAAGAAAGAUGAGGGAAUCUGAAGUUGUGGACUUGGCCCAGGUAUUUCGCAAAAGAGUUCUUACAUAUUUGGGAAACAGCAUAAUACUAUAAACCACUUUUCAUGCUUGGAAGAACACUCCCUCAUUGGUUUGAAGUUUUGUCAUCCCAUUAGCAUAGUUGGGAAAUUUUGUAGUUUUAAGCAUGGUGUAUAUUCUUCAAAAAAAAAAAAAAGAAAGAAAAAAGACGGUAGAAAGAUGUCGGGCGCCGUAACAUGGCUGCAAUCGUUGGAAUUGGUUGGUCGCUUGCUUAAAUCUGAUUUUUGCUCUCUUUAACGAAUUUCGUUUUUGCUAGAGAGAUUUGUUUUUUCUAAAGAUUCUUGUCGAUUCUCUGGGGGUAAUUUUUUUGUUGCCAGUGUUUUCGGAAUUUAGAGGAUUAUCAUCUGCUUCACUUCAAGUGAAAGAAAUUGCUGAGAAAU